AUGUGUACCCUGAAGCGCCUCCUUUCGCCUUUUCUUUGCUGCUUUGGCAUCCGUCCUUCUGAAGACCAUACAGCAUCUGACCUCCAGACCCUCCCUUCAGCUCUUUCGGUGCAACUACCUGCUUCGCAGAUCCCACACGCUGUCAGCCAACCUGGUUCACAAACCGCAGACACAGAAGCCCUCCGCGAACUUUUCCGGUCCUCUUCUUCAGUCCGUGGCUACCGAACUGCCUCUCUACCAUCAGGAUCGAAUCUCCGAAGAGAGCCGUCCUUGGACACUGAUCUUAAGCUUGGGUCACAAUGUCAACCUCGGAAACAGCCCAGCCGGUUAGAGCAAUUGGGCAAUCACAUUAAGCAAAAGCUCUCAGAGUCGAGACUGAGCAAGAGCAGCUCCAAACCUCAAAUAGCAUCUGAAAAUGCCCUUCACGAUUCGACAGGACGUGACAAUGCACAGUUGGGAAUGAGUGCCCCUGGGGGCACGCUGAGCCAGCGAUCCACUGGUCUCCUUGAACUUCUCAUGUCGCGGACUGCUAGUGAGGGUGGCUAUGAUAGCGACGCAAAAAGUAUCCAGACAGCUGCGCUGAAGGCGAGCGAUGGCACAAUCAAGUUGAGUCCACAAAGAAUGCUGAGCCUAUCUUCACCGGCUGACAUUCAACCCAUUGCCACCGACGGCCCUCCGCCGCCAUCACCGACAGACACUCAUGCUCCCGAGGCCCCUCAAAUUGAAGCUGAUCACCCAAAACAAGGUUCCACACCUUCCACUCCAUCCGCUUCAUUGAAUGCUUCCUCUACAAGAGUUGUCCAGUCUGGGAAACAUGAGUUGCCUCUAGAAGCCCCGAAACAUGUCACCGAUCGAGAAGUGGAUGGUAUCAUCGAGCUGGCAGAGGCAUCCGCCCUUAGGGCGGCGCCCGCCUUCGUCGCUUCUGAGAUUCAAGAGCAUGAUCCCUUCACCAGUUCUCCAUUAAAAGACGGUGCAUUGUCUAAACGUGAUUGCAAAGACUUUGCUGGAGUGCUCAAGAUGCUGGGCGAUAAUGUUUCCCGGGCCAAAAGAGAGAGCCAGAUCUCCAAUGCGACAAAUCCACGGGCCAGUUUGGUGUCACAGUUGGAUCCGAACCUGCUCGAUUUCAUCUCGACAAAUGGCGAACGGCCAUCGGCUGAGAUUUCAGGAAGGACAUCUGAUGGCAAUGCCGCUGCAUUCGUGGUCAAAUCGGAUCCAUUGGUCACGGCCAACAUGGAUCCUGCUAACGCGUCAAUACUCAGAAGGGAAGGCAUAUCCAGAAAGGAUCCUUCUUCGCUCUCUGGUUCUGACCGAAACUCAGUUCAUCUGUACAACAUGCGAAUCUCUCAACGCCUCGCCAGUCCAUCCUUCGUUGCUGCUUCCUCCAGACCGAACACAAGCCACACAACAAUUCAGCCGCCACGAGAGACUUCUCCAGAUUCCAGUCCCUCGACCAGGCAGAUAUCCAUGGCUAGCAAGAUCGGAGGUCUUAUCACUGUUGAGCACAACAGAAGACCCUCGGAUCCAGAAACGAAACGACUCUUCGAAGGCGACUUGGCUAGACGGCGGGCAUCCUCUAGUCGGAGACCGGGGACUUCACCAGGCCACACUACCGCGUUUGGAAACCCUAUGCCCCUUUCUUGCACCGAAGAUGCGUCAUCAUUCUACUGGAGUGACGGUGAAUGCGACGAUGUCGGACCGUCUAGGCGAAGAACACACAAGACAAAUCCAAACAGCAUUGCAAUCGGUGGGAGAUCAGAAUCUAUCAGCAUACCCAUAGGGUCUUCUAGUGCCAGCAUUGGUAAUAUGUCAGUUGCAGAGGAGGGUGCCUGGUUUAGCAGAAAGUCUCCACAGCAGAAACAGGUGAUUGAACAAAAGAGCGGAUUCCACGAACCCUCUCAGAGGAAUAGAAGUGUCAGUAUGCCAGAUCGAAGUAAUCCUGAUUCCUGGCCACAUCUAGCUGUACCGUGGCGGCGGCUUCAGAAAUCAACCGAAGAAAAUGAAGCAAUGAGCGAAAUCAGCACCGAUCACUUACAAGACGCUAGGAAAGAACAGUUGACGGAAAUCAGUGCCCAAGCCAUUCGUGACAUACACAAUGAAAGGAUGAGCGAAAUUGAACCUCGGGGCCCCAACAAAUCCCAAGAGUCUGCCACCAACAUGUGGCAGAGAUCUCUCAGACAAGCUUUGGAAGAGCCUGAAAAGGACACAAUAGGCGGUUUUCUCACAUCCCCAAAAUUUGACCGUGACGGCAGGCCGAGAAGUAUGAGGUCGAGUAUCAGUGCGGUACAAUCAUCUCAUCACAGCCACCGCGACUCGGACGCAGAACUUGACUUGGACUCCUUGCAAGAGAUCCAAAUCCGGAAUGAAUCACCAAGGCCCGAAGAGCGGCGUCGUCUUCAGGUCUGUAUAAAGAAACCUGAUCCCCUACCAACCGUGCACCCCAGACGAAGCACUGCCAACAUCGAUGCAGGAAACCCGACGCCUAAUACUAGGUCGGGCAAGAAAACUUCGAGGAAAAAGAGCAUAUUGGAUAUUGGUAGACGGUUCACGGUCAUCGGAGCCUCUAACGAAAGUGAGAAGGCUUCAGGUGCGAGCACACCACUAAAGGAUCUCUUCGGUCACUGGGGACGCUUCCCCAGCCACACAAGAGAGGAUAGGUGCGGCUCUGCAGGGCCAAAAGACGGUGUUGCCAUACGAGACUUUGCUCUAGACUAUCAGGAUGAAAAUACGCCUUCAUCCCUAACGCCACGGUCGCCUUGGGCCGGAUCCAUGACGACACGAGGUCUGCACACCCCUGGAUCUUGGAAGAUGCUGCACCUUGUCAAGAAAGACGGUGGAGACAAAGCCAGAAACAAGAGUAUACGAGGCACGCAGUCCCUGGUGGUGCGGCACAAGAAGAGCCGCAAAGGACUCGCAGGGAGAUGGAAAAGACUGUACCGCAGCAGCAGUGCUGAACUCAGAGCAUACGCGCUCACCCAUGGACAUCGGAGUAGCAUAAGUGUGGGCGCCAGUGUCGAAUAUCCGGAGCUUGAAGUUAUCGCCGGGGAUGGUGAUGAACGUCGGAUUGGUGCCUGUGAGGUGUUCGACCGGCGACCGGAUAUGGAUGGACCUGCUGAAACCGACCACCUCCAAGACCGUCAAGUGGUAAAUCGUUUGCAUGAUCGCUCCUUUGAACCUUUGGAUACUCAACCUUGGACUCGUAUGUAUCAAGAUUGUGUUGGGAGUCUCUCAGCCUUGAGAAGCGAUCCCGACCUGAAAUUCGGUGGUCUCGGGGACGGUCCCCAUCGAUUGUAUGAUCGGCAUCUCACCAGCGACAGUGUGCAAAGCGAGGAGUUGAGGGACAGCACUGUCGAUUUCGAACGGCAACUUGGGAGGGAACACGAGACAGUCACAGAGGCGCUUAUCCGCAAGAUCGAGGGUAUGGAUCACAGUGAGGAGCGAUUGGAUGUCAACACAAUAGCCUCAGUCAAGGGCUAA